GUCUCCUCAACUCUCGUUCAUAAUCAGCCGACUACAGCGUUUAAGACAGCUAUGCUAGCAGGCUAGCCGCAAAAUGUGAAUUUUAAGCGAUUUUUAAAAAUAAUUUUAUUUGUUGGUGACAGUUGUUGCAUAUUUUGUUGUUCUCGAGCAGCACUUAGUGGAUUAUCAAGAUAUUAUAAUUGGUCGUUUGUUGAUGUAGAGUGAGCAAUUUAGCUAGAAACGUUAGCACUCUAAGCUAACAUCUAUUACUGCUAAGAAGGCACUUUCACCGGACGAUGGACGAGCUGGUCCAUGACCUGGUGUCAGCUCUGGAGGAGAGUUCAGAGCAAGCUGCGCGUGCUGGCUUUGGAGACGGAGGAGAUCACGCGCUGGCUGUGGGCUGCCUGCUGAAGAGACAGGCUCGGAAACGGAGGGGGAGAAAACGACGCUCGGACAACCCACAUCCGCCGUGGGAGACGGGUCAUCUCAGUGAGGGUUCAGAGUCCAGCGUGGAGGAACAUAAGGACUACCGCGCCGGCACAGGAGGUGUUUCUGCUGCUAAUAGCCACGCUCGUGACAACAGCGACUCCGAUGACCAGCUUGGCCCAAAAAGACGCCCUCCUCAUGCAGCCGAUCUUGGACGGAGCAAGCGUCCGUUUUGGCAAGACGACCUAUCUGUCCUGGGCUCAGUGGAGGGAACGCGCAGCCUCAGGCGACGGCGUAAGGUCAAACGCAUGGCCGUUGACCCGCCUGUGGAGCCAGAACCCCACUCCUCCAUCGUGCUGGGUCCCCCACCCAUCCCCAAAGCCCGUGUUGGCAGCAGGCCUCAUCGGGUGGGCGAGCUGGAGCUAUGUGGAGGAGCAGUGAUCGGGUCAGAGGGAGGCAAGAACCAGGUGAAGAAGAGGAAGCUAACAACCCACAGGCUGGGAGCGGAAGCUGCAGAUGAAGGGGUGGUUGUUGAGAGCGAAGACCCAGUUUCUUCUCCAGCGGAGGGGUCCAAGGAGAAGAUGGAGCUGGAGGAGCAAAAGGGCUCAGAUGAGGAGAUGAGUGACAGGUGUGAGACCAGCAGUGUCAGCAACAGCAGCGAUGGUGGCCUCUAUACCAACGAUGAGGGGAGGCAAGGUGAUGACGAGCAGAGCGACUGGUUCUACGACGGCGACCCUGGGUCGGGUUCUGGGCCCGGCGGUGCGUGUGGGAUAGCAGGAGUGGUCCCCUGGUGGGAGAGGGAGACGGCGUCGGAGGAGCUGGACCUUUCCGACCCCGUCUUCAGCAGCAUCCUGUCUGGAUCCUUCCCGCUCUUGACCCCUGGAGCUCAGAGAGGGUUUCAGGCCAGGCUGAGCCGUCUCCAUGGGAACCAGCAGGGUUCUGAAGCUGGUCUGCGAGGAAGCUCCAGUCCAGGCUUCAGUGAGAGGCUGAGCAGACAGAACCAGGACUCACAUGAGCCGUGGUUUAGCUCAGGCUCAAGGAGGGACCACGGACAGUUGCACUGGGACCCGUGCUCAGACAGAGGACAUCGUAGGACUUGCUCAGUUAAAACAGCCAGCAGACAGACCAGCGGACACCUCGGCUCUCUGUGCACAGGGGACAUCAAGCGGAGACGAAAAGCAGCCCCGCUUGGCUCUGUUGGAUCCUCCGGCGUCGUCGGGGAGAACGCUCCGCCAAUCCCCGACUCGAACACGGGGAGCCGCAUGUUGCAGAGCAUGGGCUGGAACCCCGGAACGGGUCUGGGUCCAGAGGGGCGGGGCAUCACCGAGCCCAUCCGGGCCACCCAGAGACCCAAAGGAGCAGGUUUAGGUUUCAACUGAACGUCUGCUGUUCGCCCCAAACAGGAGGGACUGGAAUAAAACGUCUCCUCGGGGCUCUUUUAAAACAACUUUUUUAAGUAACCCAGCCAUGUGGACGACCAGAGACUAGACCUGGGGGAUCCCAAGCUCAUCUGUGCUGACAAAACUACUUUCCCAUAUUGGGGAACCCAGAAGAAGCCUGGGACGGCCUCAGAGACUUCCCGUAGUCGCCACUGAGGCGUAAAAAAGGGACACGUUUUGCUCAGACUCCAUGUUGGAGGUAAAAGACACUGAUGAGUUACCGCAGACGCUUCAGGAUCUUCGAGUGCAUCAGAGGUGGCCUCUGGUGACAAACGGUUAGCGGUUAGCCGCGUUGAUUGGAGCACAAACAUGGACUUGUCUAAAAUUGCACAGUUUGAAUUCAGCGGUUUGAGUUUAUAAACCUCAGCACAGCUCUCGUGUUGUUUUAUGGCAUGGACGUAAUUUUCACUUUAGAAGUGGGGGGGACACGGGGAUUGGGGUGUGGGGGGGGUAUCUUUACAGUAUGCUCUAAUGGGAAACAGGCUUCAACACAAAUGGUUGUUUUCUGCUUGGUCCUAGAGCUCAACCAGUGUCAAUUUAAUAUAGCGUAAUAUUGUUUUUGGAUGGUAAAAAGUGCAGGGGUCAAAACUUGACUUUGGAAAAAGUGGGGGGGACAUGUCCCCCCUGUCCCCCCCCCAAAAUUACGUCCAUGUUUUUUGGUGAUGAAGUUGGGGUACGCUGCAUUGAUGGAAGGUUUUAUUCUUCAUUUAAAUGGAGCACGUUUAGUUAUUAAAAUGCUUUUAUUUCUCAACAAAAGAAUCUAAAAGCAUGGUUUUUGUGUUGGCUCGGUGCCUGCCGCACCUCUCUGCUGCAGCUUUAACACAAACUUCUGUGUGGGAUUUAGCCUUUUCUGUUUUAAAAUUUAAAAGUAAAAAAAUUGAAGGAUGCUAACUAGCAUUUAGCCACCUGUAGCCGUGCUAAGUGACAUCACACUUGACAGCUUUACAUGGAGGUGAUUUUUCACGGUUUCCUGUGCGUGAUCAGAAACCGCCAAAGGGGAAAAUAAGGAAUGUCACCUUCACUUAAAGGGCUCUUGCACCUGUUUUCCCCUAUGUUGCAUGACUAGUCCAUUCACUGUGGACAAAAAUAGACGAUCAGAUGGAGCUAAAGGCAUGAGUCUUUAAACUGGCGUUUACGGAGAAUGUAUGUUUGUACUGGAACAGCGUCUGUUUCCUUUUUGAAGCUGAUUGAAAAAAUAAAAAUCAGCUGUCUGUUAAGGCUAAUCUGGGAAA